AUGGAAGAAGCAAUUGAGCUCGACUCGCGUUAUAAGACUCUCAAAGAGGAGUUUUCCGUUCCGACAUUUGGCUCGUUUGGCAUCCCUGGUGACGCUGAUACGAAGACGACGUAUCUAUGUGGUAACUCGCUUGGAUUGAUGCCAUUGGCCAUUAGAAGGGCUAUCAACGAUGAGUUGGACGCAUGGGGGGAGAGGGCCGUUGACUCGCACUUCCGUCACCCUGGUUUGGAUGACGGGAAGACCAAUUGGAUGGACAUUGACCUGCCAGUGAUACCUUUGAUCAAGGACAUUGUUGGUGCACAGGAGGACGAGGUUGCGAUUAUGGGGUCCUUAACUGCCAAUCUGAACGCUUUGAUGGUGGCCUUCUACAAGCCACAGGGCAAGAGAACAAAGAUCUUGUUCGAGAAGGGCUCUUUCCCCUCAGAUUACUAUGCCAUUUUCAACCAGUUGAGACUGAACUCCCUGGACCCACAGACUGAUAUGAUUCAAAUGGAGCCACGCAAAGGCGAGUAUACGCUGCGUACCCAGGAUAUCAUCUCCCAGAUUGAGUCCCACAGUGAGACUUUGGCGUUGGUGUUAUUACCGGGCAUCCAAUACUACACAGGACAGCUCUUCGACAUUGAAGUCAUCACCAGAGUUGCCAAGUCGCACGGUAUCAUAAUCGGGUGGGACUUGGCUCACGCAGUGGGCAAUGUGCCAUUGAAAUUGCACGAUUGGGGUGUCGAUUUCGCCGUAUGGUGUUCCUACAAGUACCUUAACAGUGGACCAGGUGCAAUCUCUGGAAUAUUCGUCCACAGCUCUCAUGGAACCAAUGAGGAGGACAAGUACAUGCCCCGUCUUGCCGGAUGGUGGGGUAAUAACGCCUCAACACGCUUCAAGAUGAUGGAAUUCUUCGACCCAAUCCAAGGAGCACUGGGAUUCAGACAGAGCAACCCAAGUGUGAUCGACGUUGUCAGCGUCCAUGCCUCUUUAAAGCUAUUCCAAGAGUACGGUGGCAUUGGAAAACUACGUGAGAAGAGCGUGGCAUUGACAAGAUACCUCGAAACCUUGCUAAAGGACUCACCAUACUUCAACAACACUGAAUACGGGUUCAAGAUCCUAACACCUGAUGAUCCUGAGGACCGUGGUGCUCAGCUAUCCUUGCUUUUCUUCCCAAGAACAACAGACUCCACCCCCGGCAUCAUGGACGACAUACAUCAAUUCAUGACACACAGAGGUGUUAUCUGUGAUGAACGUAGACCUGAUGUCAUACGUAUCGCUCCUGUUCCACUGUACAACACUUUCCAGGACGUGUUCCACGCUGUUGAGGUCUUAAACUCGGCAUUCGACACAAAAUCACCAAAGAGCUCUUAG